AUGGCGUCCGUCAAGCUCGGCUCCAAACCUGACGCCUUCAAGCGGCAAGGCCAGGCAUGGUUCUGCACAACAGGACUUCCUAGCGAUGUCACCGUUGAGGUUGGGGAUAUGUCUUUCCACCUUCACAAGUUCCCUUUACUUUCAAAAAGUGCCUUUCUCGAACGGUCGAUUGAAGAAAAUUCAGACCAAGAAGAAUGCAUCAUCAAACUAAAUGACAUUCCUGGGGGUGCCAAGUCAUUUGAGCUAGUUGCAAGGUUCUGCUAUGGUGUGAAAAUAGAGCUUUCUCCUGCAAACGUUGUCUACUUACGAUGUGCCUCAGAGCAUCUAGAAAUGACUGAAGAAGUAGCUGAGGAAAAUCUGAUUGCCCAGUCAGAAAUGUUCCUCAACCAAGUGGUUCUCCGUAACUGGAAAGAUUCCCUGACAGCAUUGGAGACAUGUGAUGACCUACUCCCCCAUGCUGAAGACCUCCAGAUUGUGAAGAGAUGUAUCGAGUCGUUAGCAUCAAAAGCUACUACUGAUCCAAACCUCUUUGGAUGGCCGAUAAGGGAACAUGGCAUGAUGCAAAGCCCAGGUGGCAGUGUACUGUGGAAUGGGAUCAGCACAGGUGCAAGGCCCAGAAACUUCAAUUCAGACUGGUGGUAUGGUGAUGCUUCAUCGUUGAGUUUUCCCAUGUACAAGAGGUUAAUCUCGACCAUGGAGUCUCGAGGCAUCCGACCUGAAAUAAUUGCUGGUUCCUUGACCUACUAUGCCAAGAAGUACCUUCCAGGACUCAAUAGGCGUCAUAGUCAUAGCAUGGGCACAGUGGCUCCUACGGCCACUCUAUCUGAGGUUGAACAGAAAAACUUACUUGAGGAGAUCGACAGGCUAUUGCCCGUUCACAAGGGUGUAGCAUCAACAAAAGUUCUGCUAGGGCUCCUUCGCACAGCCAUGAUUCUGAAAGCCAGCCCCACGUGCAUCUCUAACUUGGAGAAACGGAUUGGCAUGCAACUAGACCAGGCCACUUUGGAGGAUCUACUGUUGCCAAAUUUCUCUACACACAAUGGAAACUCUGUACAAUGUGGAGCAAAUGGCGGCGAGUCCCCAUGCUUGGAUGAUGUUAUGGCAUCCCCAUCGUUGGCACCGAUCACAAGUGUUGCCAAGCUAAUUGACGGCUAUCUUGCAGAAAUUGCACCAGAUAUCAAUUUGAAGCCUCCUAAGUUCCAAGCUCUGGCAUCUGCUAUCCCUGAAUAUGCCCGGCCACUGGAUGAUGGACUUUAUCGUGCCAUUGAUAUAUACUUGAAGGCUCAUUCCUGGCUAUCAGAAGCUGAAAGGGAGCAGCUCUGCCGGCUGUUGGACUGCCAGAAGCUCUCCCUGGAAGCAUGCACUCACGCUGCCCAGAACGAGAGGCUGCCACUGCGCGUGGUAGUGCAAGUCCUCUUCUUCGAGCAGCUCCAGCUGAGAACCUCGAUCGCAGGGUGCCUUCUGGUCUCCGACAACCUCGAAGGCUCCAGGCCUCUGCGGAGCGGCAUCGCGACGUCUGGCGAGGUCGGGGGCUGGGUCUCGGCUGUCCGAGAGAACCAGGUCCUGAAGGUCGGCAUGGACAACAUGCGGAUGCGGCUGGCCGAGCUGGAGAAGGAGUGCUCGAGCAUGCGGCAGGAGAUCGAGAAGCUGGGUGGCCGUGCGGGCAAGGGCAGCGGUGGCGGGUGGGCCUCCCUCGUCGUGCCCCGGCGGCUCGGCCUGAAGGUGAGGUCACAGAUGUGCAGGGCCCAGGAGGGCUCCGUCAGUGAGCAGCAGAGGAACAUGAGCGCCAAGCUCGACAAGCUGCAGGCCAAGGUGUCGAAGCAGAAGAAGCAGCUGGCCGCGGAUGCCUGA